AUGGUUUCCGUAACCAAAUCCACCCCAAAUAAAAAUAAUAAAAAAGAAGUUGUUGCUACUACCAUUCCAAAUAAAAAUAAAAAUAAUAAUAAAAAAGAUGAUAAAAAAGUAGAUACAGCUCCAACUAAAGAUAUUAAAAAAGUAGAAACUGCCCCAACUAAAGAAAAUAAAAAAGAAGUUGUUGCAACCAACACUAUAGCUAAAAAAAUAAAUAAAAGAAAAGAACCUGAAGUUAAAGAACAAACCAAAGAAAUCAAAGAAACUAAAGAAGUCAAAGAAACUAAAGAAGUCAAAGAGACUAAAGCCAAAAAUGUUACAGAGAAAAUCAAUGUAAAUAAAGAUAAUAAAAAACAACAACCACAAAAAAAGCAAAAAACAGAAACACCAAAACCAGUUGAAGAACCAAAGAAAGAAAAUACAGUCACCACCACCACCACCAUUACAGAGAAACCAAAAACAGAGCAACCAACAUUCUCCAUUUUUGAUUCUUUAAAAAAAUUAGAUACCGAAACAGUUUCAACCAAUGUUACCUCAACCACUGCUACCUCAACCACUGCAACUCCAAAUAAAAAUAAAAAAUCAAACACUGAACCAAAAAAUGAAUUAUUAAAUAAAGCAUUUUCAACUAGCAAUGAAUAUUCAGAACCAAAUAUUAAAGAGAUGAAAGAAAAAGUCGAUACAGUUUUAAAAGAAAUUAAAGAUAAUUCACCAAAAGAAAAAGAAAGAAAAGAACAAAAAGAAAAAACCAAAAAAUUAAAAGAAUCAGAAAAACUACGUGAAAAGCAAAACCCACGUACAGUAUUUGUUUCAAAUAUUAAAUUGGAGAAUGCCAAUGAAAAAGAUAUUAAAAGUAAAUUUAUAGAGUUUGGUAAAAUCGAAUCAGUUCGUUUCCGUUCAAUUCCAAUUUCAAGUAUAGAUGCCAAUCGUAAAGAAACCUUUAUUAAAAAACAAUUCCACGAGAAACGUGACACAUGUAAUGCAUAUAUCGUAUUCGACACUGAAGCCAGCGCCAAGAAAGCAGUUGAUUCAAUGAAUGGUAAAGAGCUUUUCGGCAAGCAUAUUCGUGUAGAUUUAGCAUCCCACAAACCAUCAAAAGAUUCCGAUGCCAAGUGUGUUUUCGUUGGUAAUGUUCCAUAUGAAAUCGAAGAAGAAGAAUUGUUUUUAUUAUUCAAUACUACUUUUGGCGAAGUUUUAAGUGUACGUAUCGUUCGUGAUCAACACUCUAAUAUUGGUAAAGGUUUUGGUUAUGUCAAUUUCAACACAGAAAAAGCUGCUACCACCGCUAUUGAUGCAAAAACUUUGAAAUUAGGUAACAGAGAAAUUAGAAUUUUCCCAACUAAACAAAAUCCUAAAAAAGGUAAAACCAUUAAAGAAAAAAAGAAAUUAGAAAAGAGAAUUCCAUCAAAAAGAGUCGAAAAAACAAAAUAA